CUGAUCGUUCCGUAGAGUGUCUCGGUAGGUACCGGUUGAUCAUAACGAAGAAAGGAAAGAAGAAAUAAAAUAGCUUGCUAGAUAUGAGGAAUACUAUACUACUGUGCUACGCAUGCUCGCUGCUGAUUGGCGCCCAGGCCAUUGGAAGAUAUAGGGGCCUAGAAUUUUUAGAGCCUUGCUCCAGAGACGACCCAAAACUAGAGAUCUGCCUUGCCAGAACAGCCAAUACACUUGUCGAACACUUCCGUCAAGGUCUACCGCAACUAGGUUAUCAUGAUGUGGAACCAAUUAUCCUGGACGAGUUGCAUAUCGCGCUUGGCGGUGGUCCAAAUGGUUACAGAGCGCAAUUUAAAAAUAUUACUGCAAGAGGAGUCUCUGCCCUGAGAAUAACCGGCUUGAGGACGAGACUGACUGACGAUGAGGUGCAAUUGCAACUGGCUUUUAGCAUUCCAAGAAUUAGAGCUGCCGCGAGAUACCGGUCUAGUGGAACAUUAAUCUUAGUACAAGCUAGUGGUGCCGGCGAUUAUUGGGGCGAAUAUGAGGACGUCAGGGCCAAGGUCUUUAUCAGAGCAAAACCAUUUUUGUAUGAGGGCCGUCGUUACCUCAGAUUGCAGCAACUAAAAAUGGACUUCAGCGUAAAGGAUAUCAAAAUGGGAGUUGAAAACGUACUCAACACUAACAGCAUAUUACUGGCAGCACUCAAUCUUUUCAUCAAUACCAACAGUCAAGAAUUGUUGAAGGAGAUGAAGCCGGAUCUUAGAAGGAAACUAGUGCAAGUGAUGUCGAGUUUCGUAGAGAAUCUGUUUGCUCAAGUGCCGUAUGAUGCCUGGAUUACGGAUUAAACAAUCGUUUGAUAAUUGUCAAGAGCAAAACCUAAUCGUAAUUAUUGCGUAAUUGAUGAACCUUUGAAUGCGGGU